CAUCGUGGCCGAUCUAGGGUUUUCUUCUGCGGCCACUAAAGCUCGAGAAUUAGGGUUUUUGUAGGGCAAGCUCUAGGUCGGCGACGAUGGUGGAAAAGGGGAGCAAAGGGAGGAAGGAGGAGGUGGUGACCCGAGAGUACACCGUCAAUCUCCACAAACGACUCCAUGGAUGCACCUUCAAGAAAAUGGCACCAAAGGCCAUUAAGGAGCUCCGCAAGUUUGCUCAGAAAGCAAUGGGCACUAACGACGUGAGGGUUGACGUCAAGCUCAACAAACACAUUUGGAGCCGUGGGAUCCGAAGCGUUCCAAGGCGAGUCCGUGUUAGGAUUGCUCGCAAGAGGAAUGAAGAAGAAGAUGCCAAGGAAGAGCUCUACUCUUUGGUCACAGUUGCUGAGGUACCCCCAGAGGGGCUUAAAGGGUUGGGAACUAAGGUCAUCGACGAAGCAGAUUGAACCUUUCUACCCAAGAAUAUCACUUUAGUUUCAAUAUUUGGCUUGGAAAAUUUGUUAGUUUUGGUAGUUUACGUAUUUGGAUUCUGGUAAUUCUUUUUGCAUUAUCGCUCGCCGUAGUUGUUGCUUAAGUAUUUUUAUCUAUAGCUUGAACUCUUGUACUCUAUAAUGUGUUCUGCGUCAGUGCAUUGUUUGAACGCUUUGUGUCGUGCUUUGAGUUUGAACUUCCAGAGGCUUGCUAGAUGUACGGUCAUUUGUCAGGCUAUUUAUUGUAUUAAAUUCUUGAUCUUA